ACAGCGCUCGCGGAGGGAGAGCUGAGUGGGACGCCAGCUCCUGCUGCGGUCUGGGACCCAGGCCCCCUCCUCCAGCAGCCCGCGGGCCUUGCAGCGCCAUCCCUGAGCACACUGACCCCGUGCGGCGGGGCCGCUCCGCGCCCCCAGGCAGCUCUGUUAUGGUAGGGCCGCCUGAACCCCGAGUUGUCGUCGGGUCACCGCGGCCCCGAGUCAUUGUAGGAACUAUCCGACCCCGAGUUAUUGUGGGGUCUGCGCGGGCCCGGCCCCCUCCGGACGGGACUUCCCGCCCCCAUUUGGCGGCGGAGGAGUCUCCCCGCCCCCGAGUCAUCCUCGGGACCCCCCGGGCCCGGGUGAUUGUGGGUUCGCCCCGGCCUCGGAUGAUUGUUUCAUCCCCGUGGCCCGCUGUGGUCGUAGCGUCUCCGAGGCCGCGAGCUCCUGGAGGCUCCCCGUGGCCCAGAGUUAUAGUCGGGACACCUCGGUCGCGGGUGAUUGUCGGGUCUCCACGGGCCCGGGUCGCUGGGGCGGAUCAGGCUCCAGUGCCUUCUCGGGGCUCCCCGCAAGGCCGUAGGCGAGAUGAACAUUCUGGCGCCGGUGCGGAGGGACCGCGUCCUGGCGGAGCUGCCCCAGUGCCUGAGGAAGGAGGCCGCUUUGCACGUGCACAGAGACUUCAACCCCCGCGUCACCUGCGCCUGCCAGGAGCACCGGACAGGCACCGUGGGAUUUAAGAUCUCCAAAGUCAUUGUGGUGGGGGACCUGUCCGUAGGGAAGACUUGUCUCAUUAAUAGGUUCUGCAAAGAUACUUUUGAUAAGAAUUACAAGGCCACCAUUGGAGUGGACUUUGAGAUGGAACGAUUUGAGGUGUUGGGCGUCCCCUUCAGUCUGCAGCUCUGGGAUACUGCUGGACAGGAGAGGUUCAAAUGCAUUGCAUCAACCUAUUACCGAGGGGCUCAAGCCAUCAUCAUCGUCUUCAACCUGAAUGAUGUGGCCUCCCUGGAACAUACCAAGCAGUGGCUAGCUGAUGCACUCAAAGAGAACGACCCUUCCAGUGUGCUUCUCUUCCUUGUGGGUUCCAAGAAGGACUUGAGUGUAAGUGUGCCAGUCAGGGGGUACUUCCGUUUUGGUGAGGGGCUCCUCCACAACCUUUGCCGUCUGACUCUGCCCUUCUGUCAGACUCCUGCUCAGUAUAUGCUAAUGGAGAAAGACGCACUCAAGGUGGCCCAAGAGAUGAAGGCUGAGUACUGGGCGGUCUCAUCUCUCACUGGUGAAAAUGUCCGGGAAUUCUUCUUCCGUGUGGCGGCACUGACCUUUGAGGCCAACGUGCUGGCUGAGCUGGAGAAAUCGGGGGCCCGGCGCAUUGGGGAUGUUGUCCGCAUCAACAGUGAUGACAGCAACCUUUACCUAACUGCCAACAAGAAGAAGCCCACAUGCUGCCUGUGAGCGGUAAGGGGACGGUCGAGAGACUGGCCAGCCCUGGGGCACUGUGCCACCUUGAUUGCCCUAGAGCUCGACCCUGGACAUUUGCACUGAUUGUUUUUCCAGACCAAAGAGCUGCCCCUUCGUGGCAGUACCCCUGGAGGGGUAGCAGGGACCAUGCUAGUCACUUCCUGCCCCAGACACCAUGCCAAAGACUAGAUGUCCUCCCUCCCCAGGGGCUCUCCGGGCUGCCCAGCAGUGGGGAGGUAGUCCCUGCUGCUUUUGCUUAGCCUGCUGGACCCCUUGAGUAUGAGGAUGCUUAAUGAUCCAAGCCUUACACUGUGCCUUAUGCAUUAAAAAUCUCUGUUAUUAGCA